GGGGCCGUUAUGAGUGACCAGCACACCGUGUGGGGGUUUGGAAGCAAGAGUUUAUGAAUAUUUAGUUGGCGAUAAGUCGCGUCGAGGUGGCCGCAAAAGGCUAAUCAGCGAGGCUUACCUAAUUUUAAGUCUCAUUGAAGCGAAAACAAAUGUCGAAAACCGCGCCGGCCGAGAAUAGGUCGCAAGUGGGCGAACGCCCUGUCUCUCUCCUAGCAAGUCUGCACCCAAGUCCAUCUCUCCUCCUCGCCGUCGUUGACUGCCGCAAUGGCCAACGUAUCCCCUAUGGGACCUCCACCUUCACCAAAGGAGCCUCGACGCUCUGGCAGACGUUCCCUUCCCUCUACCUCCUCCAGCAAGUCUCCCGCAGGUUCACCCACGUCCGACUCAGCACCCAAGAGCAAGGAGAACAACUCUCGUCCCCCCUUAACUUCGUCAAACAGCUCAGGACGAACCAAGCGUGCAAAACACGAAGAUAUCGAUGAUAUGCCCGAGGAAUUCCCCAAAGCCGUGGUCAAUGGCGCGACCAACGGGCGCAACAAGCGCAAGGGCAAGGAGAAAGAGAAGGGGCCACUCACUAUCGAUAUCCCUGAUGACGCUCUUUCUUCGAUACUUGAACCCAUUGAUGGAAACGCAGAUCCAAACCCUCAGGAGGAAGAGGAGGCAGGCGUUACUCGAUGUAUAUGCGACGGCGCAGGUACGAGGGGCGAUGAUGAAACCAUGGUCGAAUGUGAUUCAUGUCAUGAAUGGCAGCAUUGCCAAUGUAUGGGGCUUACGCCGGAUACCAUACCAGAGGAGUACUUCUGUGAAAGAUGCCGACCGGAAUUGUACCCUGAUCUUGCAAAAAAACAUGCCAAACGUGUCCGGCAGUCUUCUUCAACCUCACAUCACACUACCACGGGCCCAUCGCGUUCCUCUCGCUCCCAUUCUCCCACUCAUCUCCUCAAACCACCUAAACGUAGAAACACCAUGAACAGUCGAGAUGCGGCGUACGACGAAAGCCUACAAGCCAUCAUCGAGGCGAGCGCCGCUGAAGCCCGCGCGGCUACAAUGAGCCCCGUAGUAUCUACGCAUCGAGAGGACGCGAAUAUCAGUCAUGUAGCCGAGAAUGACCCUGAGGACUCAAAUACGAAUGGGCGGCGCAAACGCAAACGUUCUGAUGACGACCCACCUUCUAACAAACGGACGAGAUCAGCAUCCGUCGUUUCUGAUCGCACACCAGCGGCCCAACACCCUACACGCGCCGAGACCCCUGUGAAUGGAAAUGCCACGAGGCCACCUGCAUCUUCUUCAGCUGCCCCCAAGAGCACCGUCCGAGCAAAACGCGGUGGCGGUCGCAAAGCGCAAGUUCAACAGGAGCCGAUGCUGCUCGACGGCGAGGAUGGCACUGCCGGCGGCACUGCUUCUACGCGACGCCAGGCAAGUGGUCGGUCCAGAGGUGCUGGUCACGAUUCUGGCUCACGUCGGGCACAAGCCAAUGCCAACACGGCCGCAGGCUUGUAUGCCUCGUCUGCAGCAGCCUCGCGCGCAUACCAUAAUUCCCAUGCAUAUGCUGUCUCUCAACAGCCGCCGCUUACUUCCUGGAGUCUUCCGGAUUAUCUCGCACACCUGGCACACAUCCUCCCAACUGACGUGCCCCGUCCACUCGAAGUACGCGGAUUCACAAUAGGUGCAAAUGGUCAAGCUACUGUGGAAGUCACCACAGAGCGGGGAGUAAAAGUCAAGUGGCCGGGCAAACGCAUGAGCGUAGGCGAUAUGAACAAACGUGUUCGCGCAAUGGUGGAGUGGGUAGGGCGAGAACAAGCCAGCGCGGCCGAGAGGACUCGGAGGAGGGAAGCGUUGGAAGCUGCGCUGAAGGAGAUACAGCUGUCCGCCGCUGAGCAGGGCGAUCAGGGACAAGAUUCCAGUAGAACAGAUGCUCCCAUGGUCCUCGACGGAGAAACGCUCACGGCGUCGCCUGAUCAGGAAAAGAGGACGCCCAUGUUGACGUCGUCUAAUCCUGUCGCCGAUGCCCUUAGUACACAGGACGGAUCUUCAACAAUGAAGAUGAUGGAGGAGCUUAUGGAAGAGUUGAUCCUUUUCCAAGAGCGGUUUGGACCUGGUGCAAAGGUGAAGGAGCGGGAGAGGAGGGCUGCAGUAUCAUGAUAGAUCGUGUCGGGCUUCGUGAUUUUGCUUAUUUGUUGUAUCAUCGGAUUUCCUCUUUCGUUUUCGUCUGUUUAUCCCCUUACCCAUUUCUCAUAGUAUAAUGGCUGCUCUGUUGUAUUCCUUGUUUUCAUUGUUCUGCUCAUAUUCUGUACUAAUCUAAAUCCAAGCUUCGGCUGUUGUUGUCGUAACAAGCGCCCUCGUAUUGGGUGCUUAAAGGCGUCUAGAUCAAGCU